UCUUUUUCUCAUUUCAUAUUCUUUGUAUUUCAGAUGGACCUGUUUAUGAUUCUUCAGCAUGGACAGAGUGUCAAUCGGAUCAAGAGGCGCCACUUUACAAUGGAGGAAUUCUAGUGAAUAAAUUGCCUGAAUAUAAACCGGUUAAAGAUAUCAAUGGAGAUAUGGUUAACUCACCUACUUUUACCUUGCAAAAUCUAUCUCCAGGCUCAUUUUAUUCCUUCUCCAGUUGGGUGAGAGUGAAAAAUGUAGAUUCUGCUCUAAUAUCAGCUACAAUCAAAGUAGAGAACACAUAUGCAAAAUGUAUAGGAAGUGUUAUAGCCAAGAAAGGAUGUUGGUCUUUUCUCAAAGGUGGUUUCCGUUGGGAUUCACCUUCCACCUCUUCUCAGAUGGAUUUUCAGAAUUCGGAUCAGACUAGAAAGAAUGUGGAGAUAGAGCUUAUUAGCUAUUCAUUACAGCCAUUCACGGAGAAGCAAUGGAGAAAAGUUCAAUUUGAAGGGAUAAACACGGAAAGGAAGCGUGCCGUUACUGUCCAUGUUGUAGAUGAAAAUGGAUUUAGAUUGCCAGGUGCAGCAGUAAAUGUAAAGCAAAUUUCAACAGAAUUUCCAUUUGGAUGUGCAGUAUCAAAAACAAUUCUUGGAAAUUUGCCUUAUCAGGAAUGGUUCGCUAAGCGAUUCAAAGCAACAGUUUUUGAAAAUGAGCUCAAGUGGUAUAAGACAGAGCCACAACCUGGUCAAUUCAACUAUACCUUAGUAGAUCAAAUGAUGGAAUUCGUUCGUAAGAACAAACUUAUAGCUAGAGGACACAACAUGUUCUGGGAUGACCCUGUCUAUAUACAAGAUUGGCUUGAAAACAUGACCGCUCCUCAGCUGAAACGAGCGAUGAAAUCCAGGAUCAAAAGUGUGAUAAGUAAAUACAGGAAUGAGUUUGUACAUUGGGAUGUAAACAAUGAACUUCUGCAUUUCAAUUUUUAUGAGGGAAAGCUUGGACCUAAUGCUACCUUAGAUAUGUUCAAGAAAGUGCACCGUGAAGAUCCACUGGCGACCUUGUUUCUCAACGAGUACAACGUUGUUGAACGUUGUGACUCGAAAGCUAGUGUAGACAGGUACAUUGAAAAGUACAAGGAACUAAAGAACGGCGGGGUGACUGUAGCUGGAAUUGGUCUAGAGAGUCAUUUUGCUAUACCUAAUCCUCCUUUUAUGAGAGCUGUUCUUGAUAAAUUGGCGACGCUAAAGCUUCCUAUUUGGCUAACAGAAGUGGACGUAAGCAAAAUGUAUGGACUCGAAGAACAAGCGAUGUACUUGGAACAAAUUUUAAGAGAGGGAUUCUCGCAUCCAAGUGUAAAUGGGAUCAUGCUUUGGACAUCACGUAGCGUAGGAGGAUGUUAUCAGACGUGCCUUACCGAUGAAAAAUUCCAGAACCUUCCGACAGGCGAUGUUGUUGACAAGUUGCUAUUGAAAGAAUGGCAAACUAAGAAGAAACAUGGCAAAACAGAUGAGUUUGGUUCCUACAGUUUCAGAGGUUUCUUAGGUGAAUACAAGGUUUCUGUUGUUUACAAUCACAAAGUCAUUAAUUCUUACUUCUCACUUGGCCGUGGUGUUGAGACUAAGCACAUUACAGUUCAAAUUUAACCAAAAACUACUCAAUAUAUAUAUAUAUAAUGUAACUUUUAAUAAACUG